AUGGCCCCUUCCACUCUCUCAAUCUUCCUUUUCUCCUUGUUGCUCUUGUCUCCCUUUUCAAAUUCCCAGAGCCCUCCAAAACCCCAAGCCUUCAUUUUCCCCAUCAAGAAAGAUGUCACAACCAAUCAGUACUACACCACCAUUCAGAUAGGUUCCAGUGCCACCACCUUCAAUGUUGUGAUUGAUCUUGGUGGCAAAUUCCUCUGGUUCAACUCCCUUGACUACUUCAACGCCGCCUCCUCAUACCGCCCAAUCCUGUGCGGCACUCAGCAAUGCAGGAUCGCCAAUGGAGUCGGCUGCGUCUUCUGCUUCUUGUCGCCUCCAGUGCCUGGAUGCACCAACAACACGUGCUCUGACUACGCUCUGAACCCCUUCACCGGCACUCAGGGGUAUAGCGGCUUGGGGCAGGACGUUCUGCGCGUGUAUUCGACACGUGGUGACCAGUACAGGGUGAAUGACUUCCCCUUCCAGUUCUCGGAUCCCGUUUUACGAGAAGGCCUGGCUAGCCCCACUGCAGGGCUGAUCGGCCUAGGUAGGACUAGGAUUUCAUUGCAGGCUCAGCUUGCAUCUGCUUUCAAGAUUCGCCAAAAGUUUGCUCUCUGUCUUCCAUCUUCCGGAAAUGACGGCAACAUGAUCAUCGGUCAGGGGGCUUACAGCAGCCCCUUUCCAGAAAUCUCUAAGUCACUAUUGUCUACACCCCUGAUCAGGAACCCUGUGAGCACUUUUGGGAAUGAGCAGAUAGGCAAUUUGACAGUUGAGUACUUCAUCGAUGUCAAGUCCAUCAGAGUUGGUGAUAGGACUCUCUCUUUCAACAAAACACUGCUUUCGAUUGACAAGAGUACAGGUGCUGGAGGCACGAGUAUACGCACCGUUAGGCCAUACACCGGCCUGCACAGAUCAAUAUUGAAUGCUUUGAUCAAAGAGUUCGUGGAGGCGGCUGCGUCCAAGAACAUCACAAGAGUGGCAUCCGUGGCUCCUUUCGAGGCUUGCUUUGAUUCAAAGACUGUUGGCAGCUCCAAGACAGGGCCUGAUGUGCCGACUAUCGAUCUGGUUCUGCAGAGCAAGAAUAUUUACUGGAGGUUUUAUGGCUCAAACUCAAUGGUUCGAGUCAGCAACGAUGUAAUUUGCCUUGCUUUUGUCGAUGGAGGAUCGAACCUGACUGGACCAACAACCUCAGUAGUCGUGGGAGGACAUCAACUGGAGAAUCAUCUGCUUGAGUUUGAUGUGGCUGCUUCGAGGCUCCGGUUCAGCUCUUCGCUGUUGUUUCACGUUGUUGCAUCCGCUUUUCCCUUGCGACUGAUCCACACGGGGAAGACAACGGCGGAAUGGCAGGCUACUGAAGAAGCAUCUCUGAUGACAAUGGCUGAAUGGGUUUUUGGUGUGCUAGACAAUGAAACAGAACACAGCUCACAGAUAUGA